UUUGCUAUAGGCGCCUCCACGCUGUUUAAGGCUCAGCGGCCCCAGCAAUUUACACCUGAUAUUAAAAAAAUGAAUUUUCAAUAUAUCACUUCGUGUAAAAAUUACAGUGAACCAUUAUUGCAAGCUGAAAAACUAUGGCGUCACAUGAAUUUUAAUAAAGUGCGGAAAGUUGUGAUUUUGGCUACCGGUUGGACGAACACUGUGAAUGAUUCGUCAGCGUUGGCAAUGCUUUCGCAGGCGUAUUUGUGUCGAAAAGAUGUGAAUUUUAUUAUUGUCGAUGCUGGUUACUACGUAGACACGCUAUAUAAAUGGUCCGCAAUGAACACCGAAGAAAUUGGAGAAAGUAUUGGUAAAGGUCUGAAGCAUUUGAUAAAAGUUGUACCGCUGCAAAAUAUACACCUAAUCGGUCACAGUUUGGGCGCACACAUCAUGGGCACUGCCGGGCGUACAUUCACCAAAUUGACUGGUAAAAAAAUACCACGCAUUACCGGCUUAGAUGCAGCCAAACCAUGCUUUCGCUCAGACGACACACUCACCGGCUUACAUCGGGGUGAUGCCGAAUUUGUGGACGUCAUUCAUACAAAUAUUGGAGUAUUGGCGAAGAAGGAGCCUAUUGGCGAUAUCGACUUCUAUCCUGGUGGUGCAAAUCCGCUACCACCUGGCUGCUUGACUAUAUCAUGCGCUCAUUCACGCGCAGUCGAAUAUUUUGCCGAGAGUGUAUAUCCAGGCAAUGCUAAAAAUUUCAUCGGUUGGAGAUGUUCGGAUUUUCAGGCACUGGAGAAGUUGAAAUGUAAUCGGAAAAUUACCUCACCUAUGGGCAUCGCGGUUGAUCAGCAACAAAGGGGUAUAUUUUAUGUGCCAGUGAACUCAAACUCGCCAUUCGGCAAAACGGCGAAACCGAGCAGCGAACGAUGGCAAAAUGCACGAUGUCAUAAGUGUGAAAAAUCAAAGCAAAUAAAAAAACAACGAGCGGGUUUUCGGAAAUUGGGAAAACGCAGGCGAAGGGAUAAUGGCCGGAAAUGUAUUAAGUGCAGGAAAGUUAACAAGGCGAGGAAACCGAAAAAGGGAAAGCAGGCGAAAUAUGCGAAGCUGGGGAAAAAAGCUAAACAGCCAAGAGCGGCGAAACAAGCAAAGGCAGUUGAAAGGGCAAGAUCAAGAAAAAGAAACAUUCGACCAAAACAGCCAAACAAAGCUAAAAACUUAAAGGAGAAAACAUCAAUGAAGGCUUAAUUU